AUGCCGGUCGACGUAGUACAUUGCAGAUCAUCUGUAUGCAGCCCUUCUCCAGGAUCCUUGGAGUGGAGACUGGCGGGAGAAAGGACGGAAGGGAAAGCUGCGUACUCCAUUUUCCGGCCAAUUGUGCAAGCUACGUUAGCGGAGCAGCCUGUAACCCUCGUCGAGAUAAGACACGUUCAAGGUCCCUCUGUAGUUCCACGCCUUCAUGCUGCAUCUCUUGGGCAUUCCGUAAUAGGAGAUGCAAUCUACAGCUCGGAGGCAAACAGGAGAUGCCACCCUCGGUGCGAUAAACAUUUGAUGCUCCAUAGCUGGAUACUCAAGAUUGCUCCUCCUUUCGUGAAGGAGGCGGUGUAUGUCGAGGCGCCGGAUACACUGUCAAGCGAACUCGGCAUGAAACCCCGCAGCCUGGCUGACUGUUACUUGGCCGAUGAUUCCGUCAUCUCACCCGACUUCAGCUUCUUCGGGGAACAACAGAUCACAGCAGAAGAGGAUGCUGUGAACACGAACGCUAAAAUAAGUGCACAUGCGGGGCUGUCGCGUAGGAUUCCAGCUGAUGGAUCCGUCGAGGUUGUCUGCGAUUCACCGACGGUAUCGAGAGAUCUGACGUCACGCUCUAGUGGUCGCAAGUAUCACAGGCUGCAUUCCAAAUACAGCGACAACAACACGUACUGGGAUAAACUUGGGGGGGCGCAUUGA